AUGUCAAAGCUUCCAUUCCAUUCGUCAACUUGUGGUUUUUUGAUAGGACGAUUCCCCGAUCAGAUGAGUGUCAGGGACGAAAACAAUGAACAGCAGAUACUGCGAGUGCUCGGCGAAGGUGCUUUCGGUGAAGUGUUAUUGGUGCGCAAAGGAGACAAAGGACCACUGGUAGCAGUAAAAGUGAUGGACAUGAAACGUUUCACAUCAUCGGAUGACAUUAAGACCUUCAAGAAAGAGGCGGCGAUUCAACAACACCUUUCAAAUCCUGGUCAUGCAAACGUUUUGCGCUAUAUUGGUAAACGAGUCGACGAGGCGAAGAAGGUAUUCGAGUUGUAUCUCGAGUAUGCCGAUGGUGGAGAACUCUUUGAUCGAAUUGAGCCGGAUGUUGGCAUUCGCGAGAACAAGGCCCAAUUCUACUUCCGACAACUCAUCAAUGGACUUGAGUUUAUUCAUGGAUACGGAGUCACACACAGAGACAUCAAGCCUGAGAAUCUUUUCCUCACCAAAACUGACGUGCUAAAGAUUGGCGACUUUGGCUUGGCGACCAUCUACAAAAAUAACGGAAAAGAACGAGAGAUGACGAUGCCCUGUGGAACGAUGCCGUACGCAAGUCCACAAGUGAUUUCUAGCAAGUACAAAGGUCUUCCAACUGAUGUCUGGUCAGCCGGAGUGGUUCUUCAUGUGAUGCUCACCGGCGAGUUAGCCUGGGAAAAGGCUCAUUGGCAAUGCCCUCGAUACACAUCAUGGUUGGAGCGUGCCCUAAUUGAGCCCUGGAACAAUAUCGAUUCAUCAGCUUUGGAUCUUCUUUAUGAGAUGUUGUGUGAAAGUGAGGAUCAAAGAGCCACGUUUGAAACGAUUCGAUCACAUAAAUGGUACAACAAAGAAUUUGGAGAUGACGAACCAUCAAAGAAGCGCGUUCGUAUCACUGGCUCUCAACCGACCUUUGGAACCGAAAACGGCUUUGGAGCAUCGGAAACGAAAAUUCAAAUGCAACCAGUGCCUGCGAUGGCUUUCUCUCAACCACAUAAUAUCCUUUUGUUGACUCAGGAAUAUGAUCAUAGCAUAAAUCCACUCGCCAACAUGAACUCUCGUUUGACGCGUUUCUGCGUGGAUGCCGAUUACGCGACUUUUGCCGAACGCCUACAAACAGCUUGCGAAGAAAUGUCGUUGGAAGUGAAAGAAAAACCGCCACACCAGUUGAUGAUCUUUGAUCAUGUGCAAGGGAUGACAAUGGCCGUGUCGGUGUUUGAAAUGUUUGUCGGUGGUCAAAAACGUUUUCUUGUUGAUUUCAGGAGAUCGACUGGCUGUGGGAUGACAAUGAAGCGUACGUUUCUCGACUUACGCCGUCACCUCUUUGAUCUGAUUUGCUCGGAUGCUACGACGACCCUCGAAGUUGGCGGUUUGAAAAUUUGCGAG